CAUGCUCAAUACGUGUAAAACGUAUUGAGCAUGGGUUGUGGGCCACAGCUGACCCGCUAAAGGAAACAGAAUCCGUCGCCUUCCAAAGGAUCCAUCAUGGCUGCCUGGAACAAAAAAUAACCCGAAAGGUUCUGCAGAAUUUAACGUUUGGAUCUAAAAUAUAGGAGUUUAACUGGGUUUUCAAAAUAAAGGCGUCAUGUUUAGAAGUGCGUUUUGCUGCAGGACGUGUUCUGAUCCGAACUGCUCCUCUCCGUCAGACACCGACUCCCUGAGCCAGGGCAGCUCUGUGGGCAGUUUGGGUCCGGAGGACGACGAGGACCGGAACUCUCUGAAGAACCACUUUGAGAGUUUGGCCUCCAGCCUGGCUGAAGAACGCUUCGAUACGGACCUGACGGCGCUGCGGCCGGCCCAGGAGAAGCCCUUCCUGAACCCGCGCCUCAGCAUCUCCACCCGCUUCCUGUCCCGCUUCCAGGACCGACUGCGGUCCAUUCCCCGCGGCCCGGCGCCGCCCGAGUGCCCCACUGAUACCGACGUGGUUCUGAUGUGCUCCAGGGUCCGACCCGGCCGGAUCACAGGCAGGAUCUCUGAGGAGAGCAACUCGAACCUGAAGACCGGAUCAGAACUCCAGAUGAGAUCUGAGCCCAGCGGCGCCAUCGGGUUUCCGGGUUCGACUCGAGGAGAAAACGGUGAUAGAGGGAGUGUUUGUGUGACCGCAGUGGGAGGUAGAGCGGUCCUGAGUAGCAGAGCUUCCUGUGGGAUUUCCCAUGAGCCCCGGCGGCGGGCGGCCCGCAGACGACACACGGUGCUGGUGCUGCGGUGCAAGAAGACGCUGGGAGACGUCACGUCCAGGACGGCCAACAGCGGCGCUGCGUCUUCAGUAACGGAGGAGUCCCGCCUCGCGUACCUGGACAUCUCCAAACCCGGCUGCUGCCCCCUGGAGGAGAACAAGGAGAACCAGCAGGCUCCGCCUGCGCCCCCGCAGGCUCCGCCUGCGCCCCCGCAGGCUCCGCCCCGCUCCCAGCAGGAGCAGAGCAGCAGCCCGCAGGUUCUGGCCACGCCCCCUGCAGUGACAUCACGGUGUGCAGGAAGUGGGUGUAGCGCCGGCAUCCUCGACGAGACGCCAACCAAUCCCAACAGGACACUAAUCCAGAGCCCUGCCCCCCCAGCGCCACCUGGGGGAUUGAAGGGGGCGGAGCCAGGAAGUCCGACUGAUCCAGAUAUUGUUGCUGCACCUGAUUCGUCGGUCUUUGCCCCGCCCACUUCCUCCUCCUCUCCCAUGUCAGAGAGGCUCCGCCCCCAGGCAGACAGUGGCACCUGUCUGACAGAUGAAGAGGGGGCGGAGCCGGUCAGCCUGCAGCGGUGUCAGCAGGCCGCCAUCGCUCUGCGCCAGGCAACACAGCGAGCCGUCCUCCUGUACCACCAGCAGGUUUGCGGCUCGGAGCGAUCAGAAAGCUGCUCUGUCCUGCAGGAAGCUGCCGCCACCGCUCACAGGGAGCUGCAGGCUGUGCUGCCGGCGCCGUGCUGCGGCGCCCCCUCUGGUCAGACGCAGGACGAGCAGACGAUGUCGCUCCUGGAGAAAUACUCUGAGCUUCUGGUUCAGAUGACUCAAAACAAACUGAAUAAAAUCUGAACGGUACGAAGCUGACAAACCCC